AUGGCUACGAUACAAGAUGAUGAUGAGCUUUUGCUCGCCCGAAUUGGCUACAAACAGGAGCUUCGACGAGAAUUCUCCAAAUGGUCCACUGUGUCCUAUGCCAUUAGUAUUUUGGGAGUCCUAGGAAGUGUGCCUGCAACGCUAGGCCAACCUCUUAUAGUUGGUGGCCCGGCCACGGCCGUAUGGUGUUGGCUAAUCGGCUCUUGUAUGGCUCUGGCCAUCGGUAGUUCCGUGGCCGAAUUAGUGUCUGCGUACCCAACCGCAGGGGGUAUGUACUAUGUGACAAAACAUGUGGUACCCCCCGACCAAGUCCCUCUCUUUGCUUGGACUCAAGGAUGGUGCAAUCUGCUGGGUCAGACAGCUGGUGUGUCGUCGGUCGCGUAUACCGUCUCUCAGAUGUUACUUGCUUGCGUCAGCAUGAAUUCGGAUCUCAUCAAUGGCGAAUACUCAUAUUCACCAACGGCUCUUCAGACAGUGCUAGUGUCUAUUGGGAUAUUGCUUAUCCUCGGCAUCAUCUGCUCGCUGACCACCAAGACCUUGCAUCGCAUCAUCCUUUGGUUUGCUCCUAUCAAUAUUAUCGCUACGAUCUGCAUUUGUGCUGCCCUUUUAUAUCUUACCCCAGAUAAGCAGCCAGCCUCCUGGGUGUUUACUCACUUCACCGACGGGUCCGGAUGGGGAUCCAAGGUGUUUUCAUUCUUCCUAGGAUUCUUGUCCGUUGCAUGGACAAUGACCGAUUACGAUGGGACAACUCACAUGUCCGAGGAAACACAUGAUGCUGCCGUUCGUGGACCAGUCGCGAUCAAAACCGCCGUGCUAGUAUCCGGAGCCUUUGGAUGGCUCCUAACCGUCAGCAUGUGCUUCUGCUUGACUGAUUUCGAGGGAAUCCUGAACUCUCCAACAGGCUUACCUGCUGCUCAGAUAUUCUUGAAUGCGGGUGGGAGGACGGGCGGCACAGUGAUGUGGGCAUUCGCCAUUCUUGUCCAAUUUUUCACCGGCUGCUCGGCCAUGCUGGCAGAUACACGAAUGGCGUACGCCUUUGCUCGAGAUAACGCGCUUCCCUUCUCUCCCUUCCUAUCCAAGGUGAAUCCUUAUACCCAUACCCCCGUCAACGCGGUUUGGUUCGUGGUUUUCUUCAGCAUUUCUCUGAACUUGAUUGCCAUCGGCUCAACCGAGACCGCCCUCGCGAUCUUUAGCGUCACUGCUCCCGCACUGGAUAUAUCAUAUGUAUCUGUCAUCUUGGCCCAUCAGAUUUAUAAGGACAAGGUCAAGUUUAUCGAGGGGCCGUUUACCCUAGGAAGAUGGGGUACACUUAUCAACUACAUUGCAGUAGUUUGGGUGCUAUUCAUUAGUACCAUCCUCUUCUUCCCAUCGCAGCUACCUGUUACCCCUGCCAACAUGAAUUAUGCGAUCUGCGUGGCAGCUUUUAUUGCGAUAUUCGCCCUGGUUUGGUGGUGGGUCGCAGCCAGAGGCAAAUAUACCGGUCCUCAGACCAACGAUAUUAUUCACGAAAUUCCGAGCGAAGCCAACGAUGAUGACUGUGAAGAGCCUGAUGACUUUUCUGUUUAA